AUGUGCCCCAGACUGGGGCGGCCAUGGGGCGCAUGGUUGGACUCGGAGGCUUGGGCCUGCUAUCUAGAGGGGGCCGUUUGGCGAGGCACCAUGCAGAUCUUUGUGAAGACCCUGACGGGCAAGACUAUCACCCUCGAGGUGGAGAGCAGCGACACCAUCGACAAUGUGAAGGCCAAGAUUCAGGACAAGGAGGGUAUCCCUCCUGAUCAGCAGAGGCUCAUCUUCGCGGGCAAGCAGCUUGAGGAUGGGAGGACACUGGCGGACUACAAUAUUCAGAAGGAGUCCACCCUGCACCUGGUCCUGCGCCUGCGCGGAGGUAUCAUUGAGCCGUCCCUGAUGGCCCUGGCCAGGAAGUACAACCAGGAGAAGAUGAUCUGCCGCAAGUGCUAUGCCCGCCUCCACCCCCGCGCUGUAAACUGCAGAAAGAAGAAGUGUGGACACACCAACCAGCUGAGGCCCAAGAAGAAGAUCAAGUAGUUGCUCUGCCAAAGAGACGCAAACCAUCAAUGCGUGGUCGCUCAACCCCCACGUCUUGUAUUAUCCUGGUUUUGUUGAGCGAAUCAAUGGGAGUUUUCUUUUGUUCAACAUGAUCAUUCUCUAUGAAUUUCCUAACUUCCCUCCCUGGGGCACACCGUUUCCAUAUUAGCUCCUGCCAAGCAUUGGCGGCUUGAUGUGCUACUGAGCUCCUUGAGGCGAACGAAUGAGUCCCUGCGUGGGAUUGAGCAUCG